ACUGUUCCCUCAGGAUUGAAUCCUGUAUGACGCUCAACAACAAUUGCAGUUACAAUGAUUUUUUAACCAUAAAAGAUCAUUGUAUUUUACCAGAUGAAAACGACUCCGGGAAUUUGCUUUCUUCUCAACCUGCAUACAAACUGAAGGAAAGUUUGAUUCUAUAUCUCUCUCCUAUUCUUCUUGUGUUUGGAAUCAUCGGCAAUUCACUGUCAUUUGUUGUGCUUAUUGGACAGACCAAGAAAAUGUCGACAUAUUCCUACCUCAGUGCUUUAGCCAUAAUGGAUAUAUCUGUAUUAUUAGUAGGAUUACUGCGUUUAUGGAUUGCUGAAAUAACCGGAAGUGACAUAAAAGACAUGUCAGAUGUCACCUGUAAGCUCGUGCAGUUCCUUGGUUACGUAUGUAGUGAUUCUUCUGUGUGGUUGAUAAUAACUGUGACAACUGAGCGCUACAUUGCAGUCUGUCAUCCUCUGCAAACCCAAAUGUUCUGUAAAAUUGGAAGAGCAUGGAAGGCUUUACUCCUGCCAAUUUUGAUCAUUUGUGUAAUUAACUCUCAUUUCUUCUUCACAGUGUCGAUUCAACAGAAACAUGACAGAGCUGAAUGUCAGGCGGCCCCUUCAUUUGAAUUACUCGUUAAUAAUAUCUGGCCGUGGGUCGAUGCUGUCAUCUAUUCAUUUCUCCCGUUUGUAAUUAUAGGAGUUCUUAACGGAUUCAUAAUCCGGAAAAUAUCGCAAGCUGAAAAAGAACGGAAAAUUUUUCUGCAAGUCAAACACCGGACAGCGCGCGAGUUAAGACGGUACAAAUCCUCUGACAACAAUAAAAAGCUGACCACAAUGUUGCUCUCGGUCUCCUUUGCUUUUCUUCUGACAACCUUUCCAAUGAAUAUCGCUGUGAUUUUUACCGCGUUUUGGAACAAACGAGCGGACCGUGAUGUUGAGGGGGCUGCCAUUUUUCAUCUCAUCAAAGCCAUCACUGAGCUACUUAUGUACGUUAAUCACUCUAUCAAUUUUUUCCUUUAUUGUGCCACAGGACAAAAAUUUCGUAGAUCACUAAUGCAGUUAUUUUGUGGAAGACGAUUUAGCCAUUCCAAUAACGACAGGACACAUUUCACAUCAAUAAGGAAUACACAGUAGUCUUUGAUAUAACACAGAAGUGGAGAACUGAGAACAGUGUCUCUUAUUUUCAUUGAAUAUAAUCUCUUUCUUAGAUAAUCACGUUUAUCAUUACUUACUAGGUUUGUUACAGACUGUCUACAGAAAUAUGUAGAGUUGUUAAAGCCCAUAGAAGGCUAUGCGAAGCCGAGCCUUCUAUGUAUUGAACAACUCAACUAAUUCCUGUAGUCAGUUACAAACCUAGUAAGUGCUUUGUUUUCUCGAGGACCAGUAAAUUUAAUACGAACAUUGUGGUCAAGAAAUAGGGCUCACGGCAGGUGUGAUCGGUCGACAGGAAUGCUUACUCCUCCUAGGAACCUGAUCCCACCUCUGGAAUAUGCAGGGGUUAACUUCACCUUCUCAUGCAUAAGUAAGAAAUAGUUCCGGACGCCACGGUGCCGUCUAAAUUUUGCAACUCGACGUCUAAAGAAAUUUAAACGGUAAACACGUGAACGAUUUAACCAAUGACGGAGCUUCAUUCCAGUUGGAGGCAAAACAACAACUUUUAUUAUUCCUGUAAGAGCAUAGAGAAGAAACAUGGAAUUACUUUACAGUUUUUUGAAAAUGCUCUGCAUAUCUUAAUCAGUACUCUGCUCCGAAUACAAAGUGACCUACCACAAACAAAAUCACAGUGUGGGCUACCUAGUAAAAUAUUUUGAUCGCAAAUGUCUGUUAUGUUUGUAAAUUUUGUUUAUAUUUUGUACAUAUUAAGUGUAUUACAGGUAUUUCCAAAAUUAUUCUUUCAUCGUUCUUUUUGUAACAAGAUAUUUAAAUAUACAUAUGCACCAGAAUGACAUCACUGUA